AGGUUUUCUACCGCGUGAACUAUCGAACGCGGCGCAACUGGGCGCUGCUUGGCGGCGGCGCUGGCGGAACCCCGCGCGCGCUUCGAGCGCGUGGGGGCGUCAUCACCGCGCGCAGCUGCUGGACGACGCGCUCGCUGGCGCGCGCCGGCCGCUCGACUACGCCACACGGGCGCUCUGCCGUCACGCGCUACCCUUGAGCGCAUCGAGCUCGAGUUCCUGCCGUGGAAGGCGCCUUCAACGCGCUCGGCUACCUCGACUUCAGCAUGCUUCAUCAAGACCGGCCACUACGACAAGUUCAAGCUGGCGUGCAGCUGGGGCUGGACGACUGCGUGCGUCACAGCGUCACGCUCUUCCAGAACCUGGCGCAGCACGCCGACCCCGACGCCAACAACGCCGUGAGUCCACCCUCCCCAGCCCCUGCCUGGACCGCACAGGCGCGACUCGGGGGACCUAGUCUACCAGUUGGAAUGAAUGGUUUA